GGCAAGACGAAGCCCAGCGACAAGGCUGGCGCUGCCGCCAAGGCAGUCUUGAAGGGUGCAGGCGCACACAAGUCUCGCAAGGUCCGCACCUCGACCACCUUCCACCGCCCCAAGACCCUUCAGCUCUCUCGGUCGCCCAAGUACCCGCGCACCUCCAUCCCCCACGGUACUCGUCUCGACUCCAACAAGGUCAUCCUGUACCCUCUCAACACCGAGAGUGCCAUGAAGAAGAUCGAGGAGAACAACACCCUGGUCUUCAUCGUGGACGUCAAGUCGAACAAGCGCCAGAUCAAGCAGGCCCUCAAGAAGCUGUACGAUGUCGACACCGUCAAGGUUAACACUCUCGUCAGACCUGAUGGCUCCAAGAAGGCCUUCGCCCGCCUAACCCCCGAUGUGGAUGCUCUGGACAUUGCCGCCACUAAGCUGGCCAUUGUCUAA